UGUGCCUCUUGUCCGGCCCCCUGAUCUUUCUGUCCAUUGGCUUCUGUGGGUCUAUAUUUCAUGUCCAGCCCCUAAUGAGUGUCCAUUGGUUUUUUUAUUUCCAUUCCCUCCUCCCACUCCCCGGCUUUGCCCUGCCCAUGUUUUGUAUGUCUGUGUCCAUCCAUCUCCUGACGUUCAAGUUCGCGGGGACGUCACGUCCGCACUUGAACUUGCUGCUCAGGGGGGCUUUUGCCAUUUUUUCAUCUCUCUCUCUCUUUUCAAAAAAGCCAUGACGGCUAUCCCACAAUCCAUCUUCCCUGCGCCAUCUUUGUAUUAUUUCUAAUUUAUUUUGGAUGUCAAAGGCAUUGAUGAAGAUAUUUUCUCUGGAGUCUGCCUUGUAACCCGGCUCUCCCGAUGUGAACCGCGCUGAAAGCCGCCACCGACCACCAUGUCUCGCCGCAAGCAAGGCAAGCCUCAGCACUUAAGCAAACGGGAUUUUUCGCCCGAGCCCCUGGCUGCCAUCGUCCCGGAGGAGCAGCCGGCGCACCAAGGGCUAGCACAGGUGGCUCCCGAUGGGGACCAGGACCUCCUCACCUGUGGCCAAUGCCAGAUGAACUUCCCUCUGGGGGAUAUCCUUGUUUUCAUCGAGCACAAGAGAAAACAAUGCGGCAGCAACCUGUGCAUGGACAAGCUGGUGGAUAGGCCGCCCUCACCCCUACUCCCGCCGCCUCAUGGCCAGCUGCGGAGAUCGUCCAACCCAGUGGAGGUGGGCGUCCAGGUCACGCCGGACGAUGACGAUUGCUUGUCCACGUCCUCCCGUGGAAUUUGCCCAAAGCAGGAGAACGUACCAGGUAAGCCAGGGCCCCCCAGUCGGUGACGCGGAGCCGCGCGCGCGUGCGUGCAAGCAAGCCGGAGGGGGAUCUGGCGGAUGACGGCACCGCGUGCUCCCAGGGUGGGGGCUGCUGUCUCGGAGACACAAGCGGCCUGGAUCCCGGCGGUUCGCGAGGAAUCCAGCUGUCUGUCUGGCGGUAGCGAGGAAUGCCGGGCCCGCUUCGGUUUGAGCUGUGAAAAUGAAAACCAUAACGAGGAUUUUAAGAAGCUGCACAUUUAACUCAGCUGUGUGUUCACUUCAGACUUUGACGUUUUCUCGUUCUGGAUAAAAGUAGCAUAAAACGCUUGUCUGAGGAGUGGGGAAAAAUCAUAUGAAAUAUGGAUAUUAGUCUGGUAGUGUAAUUGAUUACCGUGAAUUGUUAGGAGUAUUUAUCUAUUUAAGAAAAUGUCUUAUUUAUUUACUAACAGGCCGAGGGCACAAAUUUUAACAUUUUCCACAGUGUUUAUCUGUCUUUUAAUUUAUUGUUAAGGUAUAUAGUUCGACAGAGUCUGAUACUGUCCAGUAGAGGUGAAGUGGUUAAGUCAGUUCAUUGUCCAUCCCUAGAUACACACAGCUUUUAUUAUUAUUAUUAUUAUUAUUAUUAUUUUACUACAGUAAUCAGAAACAGCCCUGUAGCAAAGUCACGCUCCAGACCUGGACUCUGAGUGGCUAUACCAGAGCAGUCAGGGUGGGUCACCUCAUGGGCACA